AAAUAAAUGGCACUCAAUCUGGCAGCACUGGUCGCUACAGCGACAUGCCACCCUCAACCCCGUAACUGGAAUCGCUCGCACCCAUACAACGAUCAUGCCGCUGAAGGUUGUGAUACGAAAGCAGUAGAUAGAGAGAACGCGUUAAAAACAAGACCCUUCCCCGUUUGCUCGCCAUUCGACCGCGUAUUGUCCACGAUGACGUUCGAGUACAUCGACAUCGAAGAUCCCGUCUUUAAGGCUACCAGUAGCGAACGUAAUGAGGAAGACUACGUGCUCGUGCGCUGCAACGACUACGCCAACGUACCGAUCAACCUACCCAACUGGACGCCGGACCCGGUCUGUCUGUCGCGGCGCUUCGAGCAGAUAGGACAAACGAUCAAGGACAUGGAAGUGCGACCGGAUGACGUGUGGAUCGUAACGUACCCCAAGAGCGGCACCACCUGGACUCAGGAAUUGAUCUGGCUCGUCUGCAACGGGCUCGACUUUCAGCAGGCAAAGGACGUCCCGCUUGAUGCACGCUUUCCCUUCAUUGAGCAAGUCUACCUCCACCGACACGAUCCCUCCGCCGAAGCAUUUCAAUCGAUCGACCUCCUCUUCCACAGCCUCUCCGGACUGCGCAACCUUCCGGAACCGUUCAAUCCGUUGCGCGAUGCACUCGCAAUGUCCUCGCCGCGCUUCAUCAAAACACACCUGCCGCCAGCCUUCCUACCGAACGCACUGUGGACCGUUCGCCCCAAGCUUGUGUACGUGCGCCGGAAUCCCAAAUCGGUUGCCGUCUCCUACUACCACCAUUCCGUCUCCCUGCACUGCUACCGGGGUACGCUGGACCAGUUCGUGCGCUCGAUGAUGAACGAGCUGGUGUACUAUUCACCGUACCACAAGCAUCUGAUCGAGUACAGUGAGCUGCGCUACCCGAACAUGCUGUCGCUGUGCUUCGAGGACAUGAAGCGUGAUCUGCCCGGUGCCAUUCGGCAGGUUUGCCGCUUUUUCGACAAAUCGUACACGGAGGAGCAGCUGGCAGCGCUCGCCCACCAUCUCGACUUUGGCCAGAUGCGUCAAAAUACGGCCGUCAAUCGCAGACAGUGGGUCGAGUACAAUCUCCAGCAAACGAACCGGCCGGACCGGGUGAACGACAACGACAUGCAGUUCAUCCGGCGCGGUGAGACGGACGGCUGGAAGCGGGAGCUGUCGGGCGAGUUGAUCGAGGCGCUCGAUCGCUGGACGUUGGACAGAGUCCCCAAGGAUAGCAAAUAUGCGGCCCUGUUUCAAUGACUUUGAAGGGAUAAAAAUAUGUAAAAAACUAAUUCUAAAUUAUAAUUGGUCAAUCAUUGUAAAUAAAUCACCUUAAACUUAAAAAUUCCACAAAAAAGGCCUAUUACAUGUCUGAUGACUUAUCAAACACACGCGCUGCAUCGCACAUAGACCGUAACCACUUUACUUCCGUAUUGAUAAGAACCGGUCACCGCUGAUGCAACGCCCAUGCACUUGGCCGCUCUUAUCGCAAAUUUUAUAACAAGAAAACAAACAGUAAUAUGCCACACCGCCCUGCUAUAAGCCCUUAUCGUUUGCGGUUUGUUGACAUCGGUUUACUUCUUUGUUUUCUUGCUUCCAUUCCCCAGACUACAGCCUACGGUCCUCAUCGAUCAAAUACCUCUCUCGUUACUGUGUGUGUAAUAAACAGCAGACAACCGCCA